AUGUCAAAGCUAAUAGCGUGUCUUGCUUUAAUCAUAUACUGUGGUAAUCAGCAACAAAAUGCAAUGCGAGCAAGAGGAGCAGUAGCCGCUCAGGCUGUCACAGAUUAUAAAGCUGAAAAGUUGUGGGAUGAUGAGUUACUAAUGGCGAAAACACAAAUAGAAGAAUCAACAAUGAUGAAUUGUGACACAAUGGAAGAUGGAAGAUUAUUCGUUUUGGAAGAAAAACCGUUGUUAUUGAUAACAAACACUGCUAACCUGAUGAAAUGA